AUGGGACGCGAUUGGUUAUUCAGUGAGGAUCAGCUGGCGAAUAGUCCAUCAAGACGAGAUGGUAUCGACCGUGCGGAUGAGGAUCGUAUGCGCAGAGAGGGUAUUAAGUUGAUCGUUGAAAUUGGAACGUGCCUCAAAUUGCAACCGAACCCAACAUUAGCUACAGGAGCUGUCUAUUUUCAUCGAUUCUACAUGUUUCAUUCAUUCAGAGAAUUUCCAAAACAUUUGACUGCUUUGGGAUGUAUAUUUUUGGCCGGAAAAGUGGAGGAAACACCGAAGAAAUGCAAAGAUAUCGUUACGACGGCAAAAGAAAAAUAUCCCGAAUUAUAUUCACUGAAAAAUGCUAUUGAUGAAGUGAUGGGAAUCGAACGUGUUCUUUUGCAAACUAUUAAAUUCGAUUUGCACGUUGAUCAUCCCUAUACAUAUCUUUUGCAGUACCAGAAGGUAUUUAAACUGGAUCGUGAAAAGAAACAAACCGUACUGCAAAAUGCGUGGACAUUUGUGAAUGAUUCCAUGUCGACUACGCUCUGUUUAAUAUGGGAACCUGAGGUGGUGGCAAUAUCGUUGAUAUAUAUGGCACUGAAAAUGACCAAAUUGGACGGUGUUGACUGGAUCGAUAGGCAGCCUGGUGAGCAGUGGUGGGAUCAGUUUGUGGCGAAUCUGACGUCGGAUAUGAUGGAAGAUGUAUGCCAUAAGGUACUCGACUAUUAUACAGUAACAAAGAAAGAGCGAUGA